AGAAAGACAGCAGAUCAUAGAAAAUAUGAAGCCAGCCCUAAGGUAUUGGUAUAGAAGGGUAUAUGACAACUGGAAGGAUAAGUGGAUAUAUAGGAGUGAGGAAAAAAUAAAUGAAAUUAUACAAAAAGUAUAUAGAGGGUGAGUUAAACCUUGGCUGGUAAAAAUCUGGUUCCCACAGAUGUGGUCUUUGGCGCGAGACAGAUUUCACAAAAUUCUGAGAUCAUGCCCUUAAGCAACAACCGCAAUGAACUCCAAGCUGCGGAAGUGAUACACAGAAAUAGAUACUGAUGUACUUUGUUAUUGUCUCUUGCACUACACAGAAAUAGAUACUGAUGUACUUUGUUAUUGUUUUUUGCUGAUUCUGAAGUAAUUGUAAAAGUUAAAAGUCUGAUGUAACCCCCUGCCAAGUUCCUUGAUUGUAAAAGAAUAUAAGCACUGAUUUUGCAGAAGUAAAUCUGCAGCAGCACAUCAACACAUUGUGUGUCUGUCUGUCAUUUCCUCGCCGAUUCCUGACUUCUCCUCGAGCCUUCUCCCUGGUUCUCCCGCAGUGGUGGUCUCCCUCUGGGUGGUCUGCGGCAGGUGGCGCCCGAACAGGGACUUGAAGGACAGGUAAUCUUUCCCUCUUUUCUUUCCUCAGAAGUCAGGUACGGUUCUUACCAGGGAGCUGCAGUCCCGCCGGUAAAGGAUCACCGGUUAAGAGAUGCCGAUUCCCCCUUCUGGAUCGCCUUAUCCGACCUGCAAAGGGAGAAAAGGCGCAAGCGCCGCUGGAGGAAGCAACAGAAGAAGCUGCUGAUGGAAAUGAAGAAGAUGAAACUCGGCGGCGAGAAAAUGAAAGUGACUUGGUCGCAGAUUCGGCUUCUGACUCAGAAUGCGAAGAAGCUGCUGAUUGAGCAAGGAAAACCCCUCACCGCUUCAUUUUACUUCAUUGCCUUUCUGUCUUUGAUCUCCGCCCCGCUACCGGUAGCUCAGGGAGUUUCCUCUUGGGCGUAUGUUCCUAAUCCCCCCCAUCAUUCAACCCGUGGGAUGGUUAGAUCGGGAACCCAUCUAAGUGUUGACAAAUGAUUCAGUCAGGUUGGGUGGAGCUUAAGAUUCUGACACCCGAAGCAGCUCCUCCUCUUUAAUAAAUUUUGAGGGCAGAGCAGAUUCACUACCAAAUCUGCCUGACGCUACAAGGGAAAGUGCCUUACGGCUGCUUUCCGACAUCUUAUAGAACCUUCCUGACUGACGGUCCAGACAAAGCGAGUGCUGGUAGGCGAUGGGUUUGGGAGCUCCGGAUACAAACUUUAGGAGACAGACUAUAUAGAGAUAAUUUUACUCAAGUUAAUACUAUUCCUAUAACUCCUUGUAUUCAAAAAUAUAGAGACAAGGAUCAAUUUUGGGAUUCUUCCUUGUCCAAGUUUCCAGCUUGGUUGACUUGUGGCUUUCCUAAUGCUGCUGCGUGGUAUGAACCACGGGGGUCGUUGGAUGUGCUUCAAGUUUGGGACUACUCUAAUUCUAAUGACAAAGGAGAGACUUAUAAAAAUUACUUGAAUACUCAUAAAGAGAAAUUUCAUGAGUAUGUCUUUGAGGGACAUGGAGAGCCCCUUAGGAGAUGGUUUUCUCCAGGCCUUGUGGAGCCCACCUGGUUUGCAAAACAAGGCAACAUCACUAGAAAACAUCCUGAUUUGUUUAGGCUUGUUACAGCUGCCAAUAUGAUGCUAGAGAAAAGACCUAACCAUACUCAACCAAAGGCCAUUGGUCUUCGAGCCUGCAUAUCCUACCCUAAUGCUUUACUCUUGGCACAAUCUUCCUUUGUUAAUAUUUCACAAGAUGGUAAUUCAUUUCGGAUAAUUUGUAGUUCUUGUAAAUUAACAAAUUGUAUCACUUCCUCGGAGCCGAAAGAUUUGGGAACUGUGAUUAUGGUUCGGCGACCUCCUUUUGUCAUGUUGCCUGUGGAACUAGGCCCUGAGCCUUGGUAUGAUAAUUCAGCCUUACAAGUAUUGAAUACUUUGAGAGAUUUGAUUCGGCCAAAACGGUUUGUUGCUGCAUUAAUUUUGGGCAUUACUGCAUUAAUUUCUAUAAUUACUACUUAUGCUGUUGCAACUACAGCUCUAGUUCAAGAAAUUCAUACUGCUCAUUAUGUGAAUACUCUUAAUAAGAAUGUCACUAUGGCCCUUUUAGAACAAGAAGCUAUAGAUAAAAAAUUAGAGUCAAAAAUUAAUGUUUUAGAAGAAGUGGUUUUAGCCUUAGGACAAAAUAUUUCUAACCUUAAGACCACAAUGUUUGCUCGCUGCCAUGGUAAUUUUAAGUCCAUCUGUGUUACUCCAUUACCUUAUAAUACUUCUCAGCCUUGGGAAAAGGUCAAGGCCCACCUGCAAGGUGCCUGGCAAGAUACAGAUAUUACUCAUGAUUUAGAUGCACUUCAGAAAGACAUCUCAGCUAUGAGUCAGGCUCACUUACAAAUAGGGGGUUUACAAGACCUAGCUUCAAAAAUAAAAAAAAAGAAUCAAAGAUUUAAAUCCAAUGGAUUGGCUACAAUAUUUUAUAGUCAUUGGAGUGCUUAUUUUACUGGUGGUGCUUUCAUUUUUCUCUUUCCCUGUCUCAUUAAAUGUCUCUAUACUUCUGUAAAAACAGUGCAACAGGACGUGUUUGAGCUUCAUUUUAAAAACAGAAAAGGGGGAACUGCUACGCCCACAGCUGUGACACCUGUGUAGCUGUAGCAAAGCAUGCCGCUGCACUGGGGCCCAGCAGCUGAAGGGUUGAGGUUAGAGCUUCCUGGAGCGAGGCCUCAGGCGGUUCCCCCACAAUCAGCAGUCGCCAUGCAGCCUGAGGAUUCCAGGAGGCCCUGGAGGACAAGAUGGCCUUGACAACAGUCCUUGUUGGCACUAAUCAUGCUUUUUCUCUGUAUGUCUUUUCUGUGUCGGGGGGCGUUGGUGGAGAGCCCCUAGGUGGACCCCUGAGAGUGGAAAUUACCUAGAGCAGCUCCCAUAUACGGGAAGCUAUGAUGAAGUUGGGAAUAGAUGGGUGAAUCAUGAAGGAAAGAAACAACUUUGGAGUGAUUUGCCUUUUAUGGAAAGGCUAGCCAGGACUAAAAAGCCUUGGUGCCUUUAUAGUAAAGAAGAAAGACAGCAGAUCAUAGAAAAUAUGAAGCCAGCCCUAAGGUAUUGGUAUAGAAGGGUAUAUGACAACUGGAAGGAUAAGUGGAUAUAUAGGAGUGAGGAAAAAAUAAAUGAAAUUAUACAAAAAGUAUAUAGAGGGUGAGUUAAACCUUGGCUGGUAAAAAUCUGGUUCCCACAGAUGUGGUCUUUGGUGCGAGACAGAUUUCACAAAAUUCUGAGAUCAUGCCCUUAAGCAACAACCACAAUGAACUCCAAGCUGCGGAAGUGAUACACAGAAAUAGAUACUGAUGUACUUUGUUAUUGUCUCUUGCACUACACAGAAAUAGAUACUGAUGUACUUUGUUAUUGUUUCUUGCUGAUUCUGAAGUAAUUGUAAAAGUUAAAAGUCUGAUGUAACCCCCUGCCAAGUUCCUUGAUUGUAAAAGAAUAUAAGCACUGAUUUUGCAGAAGUAAAUCUGCAGCAGCACAUCAACA